AUCGAGUGACCACUUAUUUCAAAUGUUUUUAUGUGAACAUUAACACUAGUAACAUUUCUAUGAGGUUAAUGUUAUCCGUAGACCGUAGUCGAUACGUCAAUAUACCUAAUUAAUAUUACGAGAAUUUGGUAAAACCAGUUCAAAUUAUCACCAUUCCAUCCAUUCCCCGAACGUAGUAUACAAAACACAAGUACACUGUACACUAUAAAUAACUUACCAACCACAGCGACCGUUCACGCUGCGUAUACCUAAUUAUAUUUAUAUAAUAAUUUAUAGUAUGUGAUUAUUGAUUAAUGAUAACUGAUAAGUGAUAGAUAACUGAUUUUUUGCUUCAUUAUUUGUGUUGUUAAUUUAUGUUAGUUCUCAUUGUUCAAAAUAUUUUAUAUUAUAAUUUCUAAUGUACUAAAAUAAUGAAGCCGAAAGAAAUCAAAAAAAGGUGCUACACAAAAGUAGAAAUUGAAGGAAAAGAAAGAUAUGCGUGCAGAUAUUGUAAUAAAAAUUAUAAAGAAAAUGUAACAAGAAUGACAGUGCACAUUAAAAACGAGUGUAAAGAAGUUCCACAGUGUAUUUCAAAAUCUUUAUUGUCGCCUAACAAAUCAAAGUUUAACCAUAAAAAUAUAAAUGCAAUUAAUCAAAAUUCAUUGGAAAUUGUGCCAAAUACUGAAACUGUUAUUCAGAUAACUGAUACAAAUCAGAGUUCCAUUGAAAAUCCUCAGAUUACCCUUAAAAAUCAGAGUUUACUGAAAUUUGUAGAUACAAUGAAAGGAGGAGAAAAGGUAACAUAACUAUUUUAGUUUUAAGCUAUAUAA